GCUCCGGCCCCAGCCCGAGGCGACGGGAGGGAGCCGAUCGGGAGGCGCGGAAGCCAACGCCGGGUCCCCAGCGCCGCCGGCCGCCGUCGCCUCCGAGCCGCCCGCGCCCCCCGCCUGCCGCCCGGGCUGGGAGCGCCCAGGCCAGCCCCGGCCCGCGGCGGAGAGCAGCGCCAUGGCCACCCCGGAGCCGCUGCGGCCGCGCCUGUGCCGCCUGGUGCGGGGCGAGCAGGGCUACGGCUUCCACCUGCACGGCGAGAAGGGCCGGCGCGGGCAGUUCAUCCGGCGCGUGGAGCCCGGCUCCCCGGCCGAGGCGGCCGAGCUGCGCGCCGGGGACCGCCUGGUCGAGGUCAACGGCGUCAACGUGGAGGGCGAAACGCACCACCAGGUGGUCCAGAGGAUCAAGGCCGUGGAAGGGCAGACCCGGCUGCUGGUGGUGGACAAGGAGACGGACGAGGAGCUGCGCCGGCGGCAGCUGACCUGCACCGAGGAGAUGGCCCAGCGCGGGCUUCCGCCCGCCCAUGACCCCUGGGAGCCCAAGCCGGGCUGGACACGCGCAGGCAGCCUUGGCUCCACGGAUGGCCAGAAGGAGGUCAAUGGGCCCCCGAGGGAGCUCCGCCCGAGGCUCUGCCACCUUCGAAAGGGCCCUCAGGGCUAUGGCUUCAACCUGCACAGCGACAAGUCCCGGCCAGGACAGUACAUUCGCUCAGUGGACGUGGGCUCGCCGGCUGCCCACUCCGGCCUCCGUGCCCAGGAUCGACUUAUUGAGGUGAACGGGCAGAACGUGGAGGGACUGCGCCACGCCGAGGUGGUUGCCAGCAUCAAGGCGCGAGAGGAUGAGGCCCGGCUGCUGGUGGUGGACCCGGAAACGGACGAGCACUUCAAGAGGCUGCGGGUGACGCCCACGGAGGAGCACGUGGACGGUCCACUGCCAUCCCCUGUCACCAAUGGGACCAGCCCUGCCCAGCUCAAUGGUGGCUCAGUGAGUUUAUCCCGAAGUGAUCUGCCUGGCUUAGACGAGGACAGUGAGGGCCGCAGCGGCUGGAAGCACGACCCUUUCCAGGAGGGCGGCCUCCAGCUGAGCCCCACGGCGGCUGAGGCCAAGGAGAAGGCGAAAGCCACCAGGAUCAACAAGCGGGCCCCGCAGAUGGACUGGAACCAGAAGCGUGAGAUCUUCAGCAACUUCUGAGCCCCUCGCCGCCUGCGCGCUGGACCCGGGCCUCCUCCCUGCACGGACCUCGGGCUCCCUCCUCGGACCAGAGCUCCCGCGCCUCAGUGGACUGGAGGAGGUGCCGCCGCCACCCCCAGAAGCCGUGGUGGUCCCAC